CCAAAAAAACCCUCAAGCGCACAAUUGGUGGAGAACCCGGGCAAGGGCCGUUAAAGAAAGUGAUCCAGUGGAGAGAAACAGGGCCGACCCGUGGCUCGGGUUGAGCCUCAGGGACCUCCAGUGGUAUGGAGGGUAAAUGAGGUCGAAAGGCUUCGCAGAUUGGUCAGGGAGCUGGGGCAAAAAGUGAAUUACCUGCGAAUGCAUCUAGUUUCCCAGAAAUUGAAGUUCGCACAACGUGUUUCGGAGGGCGUGGUGCACCACGCAAAACUGAUGUACGACAGUUUAGUGUUCUCCAGUGACUAACAUGUCCGGAUCAUCCGACAAGGGGAAAGAUAGAGUUUUUGUGUUUUGAUACAGUGUUCCAAAUCACGACAUGCCGGGACCACCCGACAAGGGGAAGAGCAGGAAAAGGAGAAGAAGUUCCAACAGUGAUAUCGAGGUGAUUGAUGAGCGUGGCCGACCUGUGGCUCGUGUCGAGCCUCUGGAAACUUCCGAAGUUGCCAGGGUAACUGAGGUCGCGAGACUUCAGAAGUUAGUGCAGAAACUGGAACAGGAGGUAAAAUUCCUCAGAACGAAUCUAGUCUCCCAGAAACUACAGUUUGCACGACGUAUCUCGGAGUGCACCACACAAAACAGUUGUUCAGCAGCUUGGUCGAAGAAACCACGGGAGAGAUUCUGGACACUAUCCAAAUAGAUAGUUCUAGCGAGUCAGACGCGACUCAGCUCCAAAGGAAGAACCAGGGCCGUCCGGUCAAUCAGAUAGAGAGACAAUUAGUCGUGAGACAGUGAUUCAGCAUGUGUUUUUUCAGUGAUUUCUUUAUUUAUUUCUUUAUUUAUUUAUCUUUUUAGUCCAUUGCUUGAGGUCCCCUUCUAGAUCUAUUUAGAAUAAGUAAUUUUUUUCUUGUACGGAGGGCCAGUAGUUGAUAGUUCUGCAUUCUUGGUGCUAACCUCAGUGGUAUCUUCUUCGGUAAUGACAGGGGGAUUAUGAUACAACUUGAAAAAAUAUUUUUAUCCAUCCGUGGCUAAUUAUCCAAUUCUGGACUAGCGUUUCGGUGUGUUCAAAAGCUUUCAGGCCCGCACAUAAGUUGCCUGUCCUUUCACAACCCAAUUACUAUGAGCCUACUUUUACUUUGGACGAUCCUCGAUCGAAAUACUAUUCGCAGUCAAGGACUUAAAGUCAUACACCAAAUAAGCAUUAUAUUUUCA